GUCUGUUCAACAUUUCCUCAGCCAGGGGACAAGUUCCACAGAUGCGUUGACAGUCCUGGGAAGGACUACACACGGAGAACAGACCCUACACGUUUUCUCUCCUAGCCAUAGCCUACCUUUGUCCUGAUCAGUACCAGGCGGUGACUUGAAGGUUCCGUGCCGGAGGACCGCCUCAGUAUGCAGUGGCUGAUGAAGAUCCAGAUCUCCAGGGGCAUCUGCAAAUUCAUCCACAGCUUCUCCCUAGGCCCCUUCCAGCUGCACAGCCGGUCUUUUUCAGGAGCUGGAACACAAAGAUGGAAUGACUAUGAUUCGCCUGAGGAAUUUAACUUUGCAAACGAUGUGCUGGACAACUGGGCUCAAAUGGAGGAGGAGGGCAAGAGAGGCCCAAGUCCAGCCCUAUGGUGGGUGAAUGGCCAAGGAGAGGAGAUAAAGUGGAGCUUCAGAGAUCUGAGGGAUGUUACCCGCCGUGCUGCCAAUGCCUUUGAGCAGUCUUGUGGCCUGCAGCAGGGAGAUCGCCUGGCCUUGAUUCUGCCUCGAGUGCCCGAGUGGUGGCUGGUGACAAUAGGCUGCCUUCGAACAGGUGUCGUCUUCAUGCCUGGGACUACCCAACUGAAAGCCAAGGACAUCCUCUACCGACUACAAAUGUCUCAAGCCAAAGCCAUUGUGACCACAGAUAGCCUCAUCCCAGAGGUGGAGUCCAUAGUUUCCGAGUGUCCCGCUCUGAAAACCAAGCUGGUGGUGUCUGAUCGUAGCCACGAAGGGUGGCUCAACUUCCGAUCACUGGUUAAAUCAGCAUCCCCAUACCACACCUGUAUUAAGUCAAAGAUGAAGGACCCCAUGGCCAUCUUCUUUACCAGUGGGACCACGGGUUUCCCCAAGAUGGCAAAGCACAACCAGGGACUUGCCUUUCGGUCCAGUACUCCUUCGUGUAGAAAGUUUUUGAAGCUGAAGAUGUCUGAUGUCAUCUGGUGCAUGUCAGACCCAGGAUGGAUUCUGGCUACCAUAGGGGGCAUGCUGGAACCAUGGACAUCAGGAGCUACACUCUUCAUCCACGAACUUCCUCAGUUUGAUCCCAAGGUCAUUAUAGAGACAAUGUUCAAAUACCCCAUCACUCAUUGUGGUGCUGCCCCAGGCGUGUAUCGGAUGAUUCUUCAGCAGAAAAUGGCCAAUCUCAGGUUCCCCACCCUGAAGCAUUGCUUUACUGGAGGGGAGAGCCUGCUGCCAGAGGAGUUUGAACAGUGGAAGCAAAGAACAGGCAUUCUCAUUCAUGAGGUCUACGGACAGUCAGAAACGGGGAUAUCCUGUGCUACGAGCCAGGAAAUGGAGGUCAAGCGAGGCUCCAUGGGGAAGGCCAUUUUACCCUUCGACAUCCAGAUCAUCGAUGAAAAGGGCAACAUCCUCCCGCCCAACACUGAAGGAUACCUUGGCAUCAGGAUCAAGCCCACCAGACCUCUAGGCCUCUUUGUUGAAUAUGAGAGAGAUCAUCUUAAGAUCACACCAAAACAAGAAAAUGAAACUUUCUUCUUAUAUGUAUUUCAAACAGCAAACGCAAGUAUAAAAACAUAUUAAAGUGAAAGUCAGGGGACAAAAUUUAGCCAAGGCAACAUGUCAAGGGAAUAAAACAGUUCUAUAAACCUAAGAGUCCUGUGACCCUCCCUCAGGGCACAGAGUCCUCCUGUCCUCUCAGUCCUCUGACAGGCCAACACAAGGGAGGCUAAGCAAUGCUUGGUGUUGGGUAAUGUCUUGGUUCAGGGAGUGCAGAGGCUCUAUGACCUACACGUUCAUCUUACACUAAGUCUUUAGAAUAAACAAAUUUGCUCUCUUUAUAAAUCCAGUCUGCUAUAACAUGAGUGAGCAUGAGUUAACCAUUCUUUUGAAAUUCUGCUGUUCUUCAGGAACACUCCAAAUGGAAAGGACAGGAGCUUUAUGGUAGCAGGAGCUGCAAAUAGAAGCAGCUGGAGUUUCCCUAGCACCUUUCUAAAGAGCUGUGCAAAGCUCGGGGCCAUGUUAGCAAGCUAAGAGAAGCAGGGUGCUUCAAGCAGUUAACAGAGUACCGGCUUAACUGACUGCCAUAUCAAUAAGGAGUUGUCCACAAAACCUUCCUUCCAAUGGAGGAAGCGUUUUCCUCCAUUGUGUAUUUGAACCCCACUCCACCCCUUCCCCUUCUCCUGAGUCUCUGGUAGAGGAUCUUCGGUGGCCCUGGGAUGUUCUACAAGUCCCUUAGGUUCUGUUCACUUUGCUACCUUUCUCCCUCUCUCUCUUCCUCUCUCCCUCUCCUCUCUUCUUCUUCUUCUUCUUCUUCUUCUUCUUCUUCUUCUUCUUCUUCUUCUUCUCUCUCUCUCUCUCUCUCUGAACUGCAUUUCUCUCAGUGGCUGUAUUUUCAGUUCUCUGGUUCCUUCUGUGUGUUUUAAUAUGUUUUUAAACCUCCUGGUGAAUUUUUUAACUCACUUGUUUUUCCAUAUUUGAGCUUUACCCAUUAUAUGAGUUUUUACCUUGUGGCCCACACAUACAUUCAAUUAUUAUGUGUCAAGAAAAAGAAAACCCAGAUAUUAAUUGUUGUCAAAGGGUUAGCUCUGGUGAGAAGAGAAGGACGGAGCAGAGGGAGGUGCCUUGUGUUGGUCUCCUGGCGUUUGCAGUGCUCUGUAGGUUAGCUGCUAUGGGAGAAUGAAGAGUCCAUGUCUGUGAGCAAAUUGCAUCACACACACACAUACAAAAUCUGAGAGCAAUCAGAGAAUGGAUCAAUAUCCAUAUCCUGACUGGAAUAUUGAACAAUAGUUUUGCAAGACAUUACCAUGGGAGGAAAUCAGAUAAAGGGAACUCUUGGUAUUGUUUCUUCUUCUUACUUUGCAUUGUUCCGCAUUGGCACAGGAAAGCUUACAUUAUGAAGCCCCUGUCUCAUGGAACUCCCGUGAGGGUCAUAUUAGGUUGCACUUGGCAAAGGGAAUUUCUUUGCAGCUGCUGGUUCUUCUCAGCUGUCCCAGCACUGCACGUGCUGAGCACGUAGCUCUGAAUGGAGACUUUAUUCAGGUGGGGAGUUGCACAAGCGUGAGAUGCUAUUUUUUUAAGUACGAGCUGAACGGCCGGCACUCAAAGAUGGAGCUGCAGCCCACAGUGUGCUGGCUUGUCGAGGUGCCACGUGCAGAGUUCAAACCCAGACAGGACCUUGAGCUUUUCAACUCUAAGCUCACUACCCUCCAUGAAGGCGUUUUUUGUUCUCU